CCAAUUGUGUCGUGUGCAUCACAGGGCACGCCUCCCCUGUCCUCGCUCUCACUGCCAAAUUGUGCAUGCUGUCCCACCAGAAGCAUCAGUGUUGUUUGCUGCGAUAGACGUUUCACUCCGAGUUUUUGGGUUCAUUUUUGUACUUUCUUGAUCGGAGCGCUCAUAAUAUGAAGAAUAUGACGCUACGAAAGCUUAAAAAAGUAAACUCCAGUGAUCCAUCUGGUAGACUUUCGAGUCCGGACGAUAUUUACUUUCCGUCCUCAAAGUCAGACAGUUGUAAAACUAUGGAUUUACCAACUAAUUCGGAAGUGUAUAAUUACAAGACUUUAGCUUACUCUGGUGGAACGUUGCCAAGGAACUUCAGAAAGAAUGGUGGGCUGCAGAAGAGGAAUCCCCUGACUCAGACCACAGAGCCACGGAGAGAAAUUAUCCUGGAGAAGAAGGAUGGGGAGACGUUUGGCUUUGAGAUUCAGACAUAUGGGCUGCACCACCAGGACCAGAACUCUGUGGAGAUGUGCACAUUUGUGUGCAAGGUUCACGACGACAGCCCCGCCCAACAAGCCGGACUCAAAGUCGGGGACACCAUCGCUAGUGUGAACGAGACCAGCGUGGAUGGAUAUCUACACAAGGAGAUUGUUCAGCAAAUCAGGGCCUCUGGGAACUCCAUUAGGCUGGAAACCGUGUACAGCGACUCCAUUCGAAAAGCAGAACUGGAGGCCAGGCUUCAGUAUCUAAAGCAAACCCUACAUGAGAAAUGGGAUGAAUACAGAUCUUUGAUGACGCAAGAGCAGAGGCUGGUUCAUGGCAUAGUGAUGAGUGAUGCUGCUAUCUAUGAGUCCCUGGAGUCUGCAGGGGUGUACGGUAGUCUGGGUACCCCGAGCCCGGCCACCCUGCGUGCCCUCCGCUGCACCGGCAGCACCAGCAGCAGCGCCAGCCACCUGAGUGCCACCAUGGAGGAGGACCCACUCUACCAGACCUGUCUGUACCAGAGGCAGGGCGACCACCUCAACGAUGCCCAUGGUGACCUUACCAGCAGCACAGAGAAAGACAAACAGAAACCAGAACAGGAGAAGCCUCCACAGGGUAAGCAGAGACUGAUCCGCCCCGCCAGUGAGCUCUUCACCUCAGCCAAGACCCACCUGACCCGCAGCUCCAGCACACGCAGCUACCUGAGGGCUUCCAACAAUAACUCUUCAUCAGCACCAGGGGAGAAAGGUCAAACGGGAGGGUUCAGCUCGCUACAGAGGAAACCCAAACAGAAGAGCUUCCGCCGACACCUCCUCAAGUUCAUCCCUGGACUGAACAGAGGCAUGGAGGAGGAGAGCAAGCUCUGAGAACUAAAUGGACUAAACACCCGAAGAACUAGACUCUUUUUGACCCAAAGACUUAAUAUUGCCUCUGACUCAACCUUAACAACCAAAGAUUUCAACUAGUGCCACAAAGACCAAAUGUAUCUAUCUGUCCAGAAAUACCUUUGUACUUGUUCAGAUGACUACACAUUUGACCCAGCGGAACCAAUGGUCCUUUGAGUUCUGAAGCACACUCCAAUUUGAGGAGACACCUGUACCUUGGUUACUGUUUCCAUAGUUCAUAAGUUAUUUAUUUAUUUUUGAUUAGUUUGACCUAUGUACAGAAUGAAGGAUUUCGUUUUGUUUUAAUUUAGUUUUGUCAUCAUGACAGUUGAAAAUAAAUGCCCCAUAUCUUCACAUAUAAUUUUUUUGUAAGAGACAUUUGUUACUGUUUUUGUAUCAGUUUGAUCUGGUGUUUUCUUGCCAAAAAUAUCUGCAAAUAAAUGUGUGGCAUUUUGAUUUGCCUUGCUUGAUUUAUAAUGAA